AUGGAUUUGUGGCCGGUGAAUCGUCUGAUGAACCGCAUGAUGUACGAUACCAUGAGGGAUAUGGAUCGUUUUGAAGAGAAGCAUUUUCCCCUUGUUAACGACGAUAAGAAGUUCGCCGUUUCGUUGGAUGUAUCGCAGUUUCGUCCAGAGCAGUUGAAUGUGCACUUGGAGGGGCGUGAGCUGACCAUCGAAGGCAAGCAGGAGCACAAAUCGGAGAACAGCGCCAUCCAUAGAUCAUUCACCCGCAAAUGGUUGCUGCCUGAGAAUGUCGACCUGGAGGCAAUUCGUACUCAGCUCGACGACAAGGGUCAUUUAUCGUGGAAGCGCCAAAGAGUAUCGAGGGUCAGGCGCAGAAAAGAUCCAUCCCCAUCAUGGCCGCUCCUAAGAAGUGAAUGUGUGGUUCGCAGCACUUAA